AUGGCCAUGGCCAAAGAGGUGGAAGUGAAGGAGAAACCGGCCGCGGACGUGGCUCGGAAAGAGGUGGAGGCCCGGAAUCAGAAACCGCCCGAGGCCCCCGCGACCUGGGACUACGAAUACCUGCUGAAGCUCUUGGACCAGGAGGAGGGAGAGGACGCGCAGGCCCCCAUCCCGCGCAUAACUAGCGUGAUCAGCCGGAGCCUGAGCCCGAGCCCGGAACAGCUCAGCCCGUCAGUGAGCCAAACGUGGAGCAACCUGUCGAACUCCCCCCAGAUCUCCAUCGCAUCCCAGAAAAGCGUUCCUAAAAUAUUUCAGACAUUUAGGAAAGACAUGUCUGAACUGAACUUAGAAAGGACGGCCUAUCAAAGCUGGUAUCUGAGAGCUCCAAUGUCAGUACAAACAGAAGAAAGUUGGCUUCAAGACUCUUCCAGCCGAAGACAGCCGAAAAAGGAAGAAGUACUUACUGGCCCAUUGACGAAGAUAGACAAACCUACAACCCUGGCUUCUCAGUUAAGAGAAAAAUGGUGGUUUCGUGCAGAAGACCCCAAAUUAAAGAUUUUAUGUGAGAUGGAGUUUAAAGACCACUUCAUCAAAUUGUUUCAGCCUUCUCUGAGAACAUUACCCAGCAUUGGGCCACCAACCAUUCUGGCGUACAAACCAGAGGUUUCCACUUUAAGCAUUAACCUCGAGGAAGAAGACGACGAGUGGCCGACGUGUGAAUUUUGUGGGAGCGAUCUGAAAACCUUUCUUUCCAGUAUGGAUCUUUCCUCUGAAUACACUAAUGCCGAAGUCAAACGUGACUCCUGUUGUCCUCAAUUCCAAAAGAUAGUCGAGGCUGUCUCUGACGAAGCACAACAAAGCCCGUGUAGUGAGUUAAUCAGCAUCCAACCACAUGAGGCUUAUGGCAGCGCAGAUGACAGGCUCAAAGCAAAGGAAAAAGCUCUGCGGAGAAGGCAAGAGCGACAACUGGCCAGACGUUACACAGCGACCACCAACGAUGAGUCGAGUUUCUUGGAGGAUGAUUCAAAGCAUUUGAAAACGAUUUCUUAUCAACUCUCCGUGGACACGCCCGAGAAGAGGCCCCGCAUGCAGAACACGUUCGACUUUCAAGUGGAAACCAACACCCUGCCCAUCGUCUGCUGUGACUCGAGGGUAGCGUGUGGAAAGACUGUCCGGCAGGGCGAGCUGCUGGAGAAGACCUACAAUCACGGGGCCAAGUUUCUGACGUCGUUUCCAGAUGGGACAACGCAAAUAUUCUAUCCUUCCGGAAACCUAGCCAUCAUCCGAGUGCCCAACAAGAUCAAUGGCUUCACGUGUAUAAUCCAAGAAGACGUGCCCACUAACCCCGCCAUCCUGGCCCUGCUGGAUUCCUCGGGCCGCAGCUCCUGCUAUCACCCCAAUGGAAACGUCUGGGUGUGCAUCAAUAUUUUAGGUGGUCAAUAUUCAGAUCAAGCAGGCAACAGGGUCAGGGCUUGGAACUGGUCCAGUUCUGUGGCUUCCACACCCUUCGUUUCAUUUAAACCUGUCUUUCUGGCUUUGAACCAACAUAUUGGAAUUCGCAUCUUAGAACAAGACAAAAUUUACAUCACUUUUUUAGCCGUGGGCCGACAGGCAAGAAUCAGCGUUGGAACCAAAGUGAAGCUGCCGAACCCCGGAGAGAUCCCAGCCCUCCGCUACCUCAGCGGGGACGACCUGCUUCUGCUGGCCAUCAUCAUCAGGAUUCGACGCCUGUUCCAUAAGCUCGAAGGCGGCGCGAUGUUUCCCUCGAGCCAAGUCUGGGGUAAACUAAGGGAACCGUCUUACCUUUCUGCGCUGUCUCUCAAAUUGAUUGCCCUCUGUCAUAACUCUGGUAUAAAUCAAGAUAUAAUGGAAACCAUAACGGACUUAAUAAAUGAAGAAAUUUAA